AUGAACUUUCUCAGAGGGCUUCUUCAGCCGCAACAGAACAUCGAUGACCCUAUCACGCAUGUUCAACAAUUGAAUCUCCUUGCGGAGAAAUCACAUUCUAGAUACCUGUCAUAUCAAUCCUUGGCUGAUCUGGACAGAAGUAUCAGUUAUUAUCGACAAGCGAUAGAAAGAAUACCCAGCUCGUAUCCGUCUGAACACGCUGGGCUGCUGAACAACCUAGCAUCGCGCUUGCUGGAUAGAUAUGAUCGAACAACAAAGAUAGCAGACCUGGAUGAAGCUUGCGAAAAACUACGACAGGCCAUAGAGCUGGCUCCUCCUACCUAUCCUCAGCGCGGGGCGCUUUUAAGCAACUUGGGAAUCCAGCUUGCUCAGAAAUACACACAAACUGGUCAGAUACAGUGCCUAGAAGAGGCUGUUCAAGUUUCACGAGAAGCAGUCGCGUGUACUGCUGAAUUGGACCUUGACCGUCCUGCAUUUCUCUGCAACCUUGGCCAUAGGCUUGGGCAAUAUUACUCGGCGUCUGGUAAAAGGGAAUACUUGGAUGGAUCUAUCAGGGCUUUCCGAGCUGCCAACGUUUCCACAUAUCAAGGUCAUACACAUAGGCUGGCAAUAUUGGUCAGCUUUGCAUUGCAACUAGGAGAGAGAUACUCAUCAGAAGGAAAUCUUGAUGAUCUCGAUGAGGCAAUUAUCUUCGCAAAACAAGUUUUAGAUGAAACUGAAGAGAAAGAUCCCUGGAGACGUGACAGGAUGGGCACCCUUGCAGAUCUACUCUAUUAUAGAUUCAACCGGACAGGAGGGAUAUUUGACUUGGACGAAGCCAUCCAUAUGAGAAAGAAAAUCGUUCGUGCGACUCCUAAAUCACAAAAAGGCAGACCUGGAUCUCUUAACAAUCUAGCCAACCUCCUUCUUGCACGAAACAGUCGAUCAGGAGUACUCUCAGACUUGGUAGAAGCCAUCGAUCUUAUCAAACAGGGCAUCAAAGACACACCGAAUGGCAAUGUUUACAGGGGAGCAAUGCUGGCUACACUUGCAGCAAUACUCGGGACUAAAGCUAUCCAGACAAGCAAUGACAAAGAUCUGGACGAAGCCAUAGAUGUCGCGUACCAGGUUAUUCAAGUUGUUCCAUCUGCUUAUCCCGAGAGAGUCAAAUAUCUGCACAACUUGGCGAAGCUGUUGAGGAUGAGGUACUCUCAGUCAAUGACGGCCAAAGACCGUAAAGAAGCCAUCGAAAUCGCUCAAGAGGCAGUUGACACGGCACCAUCCGAUUUUCCUGAUCGAUCUUCGUUGUUGAGUAACCUCGGUACGCAUUUAGCAGAGAGCUUCUCCCAGACCAAGGACCCGACAGAUUUGGAAAAGGCAAAAGAAUUCUUUAUUUCUGCAAUUUACCAUAAUACGUCCCCCAUACAGAGUCGGGUCACCGCUGGCCGUUACUUUUUGUUAUUGCCAGACAUACUCGCAGACUUGGAUCAAGCCUACAACGUUGCCAAAUUUACCGUCGAUUUGAUCCCUCUUUUGAACUCACAUUCAAUACAGAAUAUUGAUAGACAGACUCUGCUUAUGCAAGCCGUAGCCAUUGCGUCUGAUGCUGCGGCUAUUGCGUUGUUGCAUAACCGAACAACAAUCGAUGCUGUGCAGCUACUGGAAACUGGGCGCAACAUCAUUGCCAGCUCUUUACAGGAUCUGCGUACAGACUUGUCCAUUCUUCAGAAAGAGCAUCCAGAUCGAGCCAAUCGCUUUGUGCAGCUUCGCGAUCAAUUGGAUGUACCUGUUACCAAGAACAGCACUAUAGAGAGUAACAACUCUGGGCAACCGUCACGAGAAGCAGAUCGACGGCGCGAUGCCGAAGAGAAACUAAAAGUCCUUCUUGAGGAUAUUCGAGCUCAAUCUGGUUUCGAAGAUUUCCUACUUGCCCCAUCAGCCACAGAUCUGUUGGCAGCGGCAAGAGAUGGACCAAUUGUGAUCAUAAACGUCAGCCAAUUCGGUUGUCACGCCUUGAUCAUCGAACAGUCGGGGGCACGUACCGUGCCCUUGCCCUCUCUCUCCUGGGGCAAGAUCCAUCGUCGUGACCGUGGCUCACUCGAAACCCAUGAGUGGCUCUGGAAUGUCAUCGUCUCCCCUGUCCUCAACGCCAUGAAUUUUACUCAAACUCCUGCAGAUCAUGGCUUGCCUCAUAUAUGGUGGAUCCCGACAGGACGACUUGUGGAGUUUCCACUUCAUGCUGCUGGAUACCACUUGAACGGCGGAUUAAAGACGGCUCUUGAUAGAGUGGUCUCAUCCUACACCCCUUCUGUGAAGACACUUAUUCACAGUCGACGACAGCAGGGUCCAAAGAUCCAGGGGCAUGUCAAGCGAAACCUGGUUCUGGUUGCAAUGGAGAGUACACCUGAACAGGGCCAUCUCGACUACGCGGCCGAAGAGAUCCAGUCUAUCCGCGAUGUCACAAAGGGCUUGACAAUGAUACUUGCUAAAGAGCCACCGACUGUCAAAAACGAUGUUUUAUCGGCUUUGGGAUCUUGUUCCAUUUUCCAUUUCGCAGGCCACGGUGGGACUGAUUCGCUAAACCCAUUGAAAAGUCGUCUCCUGCUUUCCGACUGGAAGGCUGAUCCCUUAUCGGUUGAGAACAUCCUAGACAUUAAUCUCGGCCGCGAGAUGCCUUUUCUCGCCUAUCUUUCGGCUUGCGGCACAAGCAGAAUUCGGACCGCAGGGUUCGUCGAUGAGGCCAUCCAUAUGACGAGUGCGUUCCAGCUAGCAGGGUUUCAACAUGUCAUUGGGACGCUCUGGGAUGUUAGCGAUCGAACGUGUGUCGACAUGGCCAUAGUAACAUAUGAGAGUCUGCUGAGGGGGGGUAUGAGUGAUGAGUCUGUGAGUAGAAGUCUUCACGACGCUACUCGCGAGCUGCGGAGUCAAUGGCUUAAGGCUGAGAUGGGACAAGAUGGUGAUACAGGGGUACGGGAUAUUGUGCCGAUGAGAGAUGAGUCUGAUAUUAGGCCCUUGUGGGUGCCUUACGUGCAUUAUGGUAUAUGA